AUUCUUAGGCCAAUUUGGUCCAUUUCUUUUUCAGAUGAAAACUGGAAACUAUGGCGGCUCGCUUAUUCCGACCGCACGGCCAUGGCGCCACCGCCGGGCAACUUUUCUUCAUCUACAACUUCAAAUUCUCAUUUCAAUAUUCAACAAUUGCAGAUAAAACUGCCUGUGACCAGACACAUUUCUUGGUGAACUAUCUCGUCAACUCGCUCGGAUUUUCUAGAGGAGAAGCCAUUUCAACAAGCUCUAAGGUAGCUCGUUUGAAAUCCACUGGAAAUACUCAAUCUGUGCUAAAUUUCUUCGAACAAAGUGGUUUGGACAAAACCCAUAUCGGUAAAAUUGUUUCUUCAGUUCCCAAGUUGCUUGUGUGUGAUGUAGACAAAACCCUUAAGCCCAAAAUUGAUAUUCUUCAAGAUCUUGGUUUAUCUGGAUCUGAUUUAGUCACGGUCGUUACAGGAAGUGCUUCUAUUUUGAGAAGCCAUGAAGUUUCUGAUAUGAAAUUCUGCAUUAAUUAUCUUAGAAAAGUUUUGGGUAGUGAUGAAUAUGUAGUGAAAGCUAUCAAGAAAAGAACGUGUUUACUCUCUGUUAAAGCAUGUGAAAGAGUGAGAGUCAAUAUGAUGUUCUUUCAGAGCAUUGGGUUUACAGAUGAGGAUAUUAAGAAAUUCAUACUUCAAAACCCAUAUACUCUUUUGGCAAGUCCUGAGGUUGUAGAGGAGAAAGUGCACAGACUUGAAAAUGAAUUUAAUAUGUCUCGAGCAUCGGGAUUGUUUAUCCAUGGAGUCGAUGUGUUUAUUUCGAUGAAAGAGUCGACUAUAGACACAAAACUUAACGUUUUCAGGGAUUAUGGUUGGUCUAAAUGGGACAUAAUCAAAUUGGUCCAACUUUUGCCUUAUUGUUUGAGGCUGUCAGAGGAGAAAUUGCGAGCUGCAAUAGACUUCUACAUGGUGCAACUUGGUUUGAAACCUGCCUACUUGGCUUCUCACCCAUCACUGCUUAUGUUCAGUAUGAAAAAGAGGGUUUUGCCCCGGUUGGAAUUCAUGAGAAGUUUAGUUGAGCAGAAACUAUACAAUGAAGAUUACAAUAUGUAUACUGUUCUGUUGCCAUCAGAACAGAAGUUUUAUCAGGUUUAUGUGCUUGCCCUCAAAGAUAAGAUGCCUGAUGUGUGUGAACUGUACAACAAAAUUCAGCAGCAUGGAAAAGACAAAAACAACUUUCCAUAUUGUGCUGAGCCAUGGGAGGAUGACAAGGUGGCUGUGUCGAAUUGAAGGAAUCAACAGUUGUGGCAUUUGAUCAAAGAAAGGUGGCGAUGGCAACAGCUUUGCGGAUGACUCACUGCCGCUUGAUGAAAGGACUUGAUCUGCAAUUGGAAGUCUUCUCAAACUUGCAUUGAUACAGAUUGAAAAAUAUUUUCCUAUUUUCCUCCAUACUGAACACACCCAAAGACUAUUAAAUGACAGAGACAUACAUGUCCAUGAUCAACUUCCUUUCCUAGUAUCCUACCCUAGGGGUUUUUGAAUUCUCGCUAUCUCUUCGAAGGAGAGAUGUCUUGAUCCUAUUAUAGGAACAUUAUCAAGGGGAGUUCAAAUUCUUGCUACCUCCUUGAAGGAGAGAUAUCUUGAUCCUAUUAUCGGAAUAUCAUCGAGUAGAGUCUGGUGCAUGUCUGAACUUCCGCGCAAUUAAUUUGUCACAAGUCCGGAUAAAGAAGGAAGAUUGCGUUAGGUUACAAUCAACAUAAACCUAGUCAAUUUUUGAUACAUUUUUCGCAAUAUAAAUCCUGAACUUGUUUUGAACUAAGGUAUCUCAUUAUUGAUGAUGUUGUGAAAGAUGUAGUUUGAGUGAGGAACUGUUAAUAAGAUUCCCAUAAUUGGACAAUAAUGUCUCUCUGAAAAAUCUCAUCUGCUUUGGUUGAAGUUGAACAGGAGUAUUUUGCAUUCAACUAACUCAUAUUUGGCCUGGUA